ACUGAGCCAUCCCACUCCGCAGGCUCCAUGCUACUAUUGUCUCACUAGAGAGCGGGCUAUUUGCAAAAUAAAGGCAGCCUCCUGUCUCUGUGUUGGCCGCUAUGAGGGGCGAUACCCGGUGAGUCGCUGCCGGGUUUUACUGUGAGGCUGAGCGGCUAGCAUCAGCGACACCCCUCCGCCGCUUUCCCCGGCGCACAGCCUCUGCUUCUCGGCGGUCGGAUGCUGGAAGUCCUCGCCGAUCAGGGAGCGCGUUGGGCUUGCAGUGAGAGGGGAGAAGGGACGCGGAAGAGAAAGGGGUGGGAGGGAGCACAGGAUACAGGGACAUUUUUUUAAACAUACCAAAUCAGGACACAUGUUGAGCUAACGGGCCGCUCCACCUCCCUCUUCUCCUCCCAAAUGCGUUUCUUGCCUCAGUCGCUUUCCCGUUGCUAAUUAAUCCGGAUUUUAAAAAGAGAGGAAAAGGGAAGCCAGCGGUUCUCCUCUUCGGCUUUUAAGAUCCUGGCUCACCGCUUGGACGGACUACCAUGGAUCUGAGCAAAAUAGCUGUCAGCAUCAACAAGGCUAUCAACACACAGGAGGUCGCUGUCAAAGAGAAGCAUGCCAGGACGUGCAUCUUGGGAACACAUCACGAGAAGGGCGCCCACACUUUCUGGGCGGCCGUCAACCGGCUUCCUCUCUCCAGCAACGCCGUGCUCUGCUGGAAGUUCUGCCACGUUUUCCACAAGCUGCUGCGGGAUGGACACCCCAACGUGAUAAAGGACUCCAUGAGGAACAAGGCAGAUCUGGCGGAUAUGAGCAGGAUGUGGGGUCAUCUGAGUGAAGGCUAUGGGAAGCUGUGCAGCAUCUACCUCAAACUGCUCAUCACCAAAAUGGAGUUUCACAUUAAAAACCCUCGUUUCCCCGGCAACCUGCAGAUGUCGAACAGGCAGCUCGACGAGGCGGGAGAGAACGACGUCAACAACUUCUUCCAGCUAACAGUGGAGAUGUUUGACUACCUGGAGUGUGAGCUCAACCUCUUCCUUGGAGUGUUCAACUCUCUGGACAUGUCUCGGUCUGUGUCGGUGACGGCGGCCGGUCAGUGCCGCUUGGCUCCCCUCAUCCAGGUCAUCCUGGACUGCAGCCAUCUGUACGACUACACCGUCAAGCUGCUGUUCAAGCUGCACUCCUGCCUUCCAGCCGACACUCUCCAGGGCCACAGAGAUCGCUUCCAGGAGCAGUUUAAGAAGCUGAAGAGUCUCUUCUAUCGCUCCAGUAACUUGCAGUAUUUCAAGAGGCUCAUUCAGAUCCCACAGUUGCCUGAGAACCCGCCAAACUUCCUGCGUGCGUCCGCGCUGUCAGAGCACAUCAGCCCCGUGGUCGUGAUCCCCGCCGAGUCGUCUUCUCCCGAGUCGGAACACGUGGUGGAAACGGAGGACCUGGUGGACACGGACGUCCCGUCCCUGCCGGCUCCCCCUGAGGUUAAGUUUGAUGACCUGUUCGGCACUUCGGCUGCUAUCGAUCCGUUCAACUUCAACAGCCAGAACGGCAUGCGCAAAGAUGACAAAGAUCGUCUGAUCGAGCAGCUGACCAGGGAGAUCCAGGCCCUCAAGGAGGAGCUGGAGUCUUUCCGACUGGAGAGUGGCCGGCUGUGUCAGGCUCUGAGGGGUCGCGUCAACGAGCUGGAGGCGGAGCUCGCCGAGCAGAGCCACCUGAGGCUGCAGGCCGCAGGCGAGAGCGAGUUCCUGAAGGCGGAGCUGGACGACCUGCGGCGGGCCAGGGAGGACACGGAGAAGGAGCAGCGGAGCCUGACGGAAAUCGAGAGAAAAGCUCAGGCCAACGAGCAGCGCUACACCAAGCUGAAGGAGAAAUACACAGAACUGGUUCAGAGUCAUGCAGACCUGCUGAGGAAGAACGCAGAGGUCACCCGGCAGAUGACGGUGGCCCGGGCGGCUCAGGAUGAGGUGGAGGCGGUCCGGAGGGAGAUGCAGGAGAAGGUGAAGAGCGCGCAGGAGGCUGCGGACAGACAGGAGAGGGAACAGGUGAAGCAACUUCAGGAGCUGCAGAGAGAGCUGGUUUCCACCCAGACAGACCUGGACUCCCUGAAGACCAUCAUGGCCUCGUCCCAGCAGAGCUCGAGCGAAGUGCUCGGCACACAGCUGGUCGCCCUGGAGUCCGAGAAAGCAGAGCUGGUGCAGACUUUGUCAAAGGUGGAGGCGGAGCUCGCGGUCCAGGGGGAGGAGCUCCAGCGAGUUCAGAGCUCUCUGGCGACUGAGAGGGAAAGCGGAGUGAAGACGGCCGAGGCCCUGCAGAAUCAGCUCAAUGAGAAGGAGAGCAGGGAGCAGGCGCUGGAGAGCCAGCUGGUGGCGGCUCGCUGGUCCAGCCUGCAGGGAGCCGUGGGGGAGGCAAAGCGGAUCAUCCAGGACUCUUUAUCUCAGAUAGACGAUCCGGCACACAUCAGCUGCACCAGCUCUGCAGACUAUCUUGCGUCUAGAUGCCAAGCCUCUUUAGACUCCAUGGAGCGGCUACAGAGCGCCAGAGAGGCCUUCUUGGCCGACAACACAGCGGUGUUGGAGCUGGUGCGAGUGGUGACCCAGUGUGGCCACCUGGUGGGCGACACCAUCGUUCAGGGCAGCGCCACCUCUCACAUGGUUCCUGUGGAGCAAGCAGACGCGCUGUCGGAGAGCGUGAAGACGUGCGGAUCAGAAGCUCUGGCUCUGCUGGGCCAGAUGAAGCAGCAGGACAGGCUGGCAGCAGCCGACUGCAGCAAGCUGAGGGCGGCUCUGGAGGCCAUCCUGACCACAGCGGAGAAGCUGCGCCCGCGGGGCUUGGAGCUGCAGCAGGGGGAGCUGGGAGAUCUGGUGGAGCAGGAAAUGGCUGCCACUUCAGCCGCUGUGGAGUCCGCAGCCGCCAGGAUAGAGGAAAUGCUGAACAAGUCCCGAGCGAUUGAUACAGGAAUCAAGAUGGAGGUCAACGAGAGGAUUCUGGCUUCCUGCACAGAGCUGAUGCAGGCGAUCAAGGAGCUUAUUUUGUCUUCGAAAGAUCUGCAAAGGGACAUUGUGGAGAGUGGAAGGGGGGCAGCUUCCAUGAAGGAAUUUUAUGCCAAGAACUCCCGCUGGACCGAGGGCCUGAUCUCUGCCUCCAAAGCUGUCGGAUGGGGCGCCACGGUCAUGGUUGACGCUGCCGACAUGGUGGUGCAGGGAAAAGGGAAGUUUGAGGAGCUGAUGGUGUGCUCCCAUGAAAUCGCUGCAAGCACAGCACAGCUAGUGGCUGCUUCAAAGGUGAAGGCAGAUAAAGACAGCGCUAACCUGCACCGACUGCAGCAGGCGUCCCGCGGCGUCACCCAGGCAACCGCCGCUGUUGUGGCCUCCACCAAGUCUGGGAAAUCCCAGAUUGAAGAUACAGAAACAAUGGACUUCUCCAGCAUGACUCUGACCCAGAUCAAGCGACAAGAGAUGGACGCACAGGUUCUGGUUCUGGAGCUGGAGACCCGCCUGCAGAAGGAACGGGAGCGUCUGGGCGAGCUGAGGAAGAAGCAUUACGAGCUGGCCGGUGUAGCAGAGGGCUGGGGCGAGGAAGAGGAAGGCACGGGAUGAAACCCCACUCCUCUUCCUCCUCCUCCUCCACCCGUAGACCUUCUCCUCUCCACCUCCUUUUAUUUAUAGACACGCUUCUCUGUUUUAUUUUCCGCCUUCCCUCAGAUUUAUCUGCUGGUUAAAUCUAAGCCAAAUGAAAAGGUGCUUCUUCUUUUUUCCAAUCCCUCUCGCUUCUUUGUACACGCCAGCCAGAGUUUCACAGAGGUGCUGCGGCAGCAGGUGGGGGUCAGGAUGGAGGAGCGCCGCCUCACUUCUCCGCUGCAACACCGUGUUUGUCUCCAGUCCCUGUUUUAAUGACUGCGCAGCAUCGAGGAGUCGCACAGGAUACAACACGAGCACAAGGGGCCCAAACUCUCAGAGAGUGGGGGUGGAUCACGGUGUCUCCAUGCAGCUCCGCUGCUGCACUUUCUCUUCUGUCUGCCGGUGUCUGAUGCGCGCUACGUCACGAGCUGAAUCAGCUGAAGGAGCUUCCUCCACGCAGUUGCUCUCCAGUUUCUUCCUCUUCUGUUCCCACUGUGACUUUUUUAAAGGCCGAACGGCUUCCGGGCUUUCUGCCUUCCGCGUCCGCACCAUUGUAACGACCGGGACUGUUAAGCUAAACGACCCUCGUCCCUCCACUUUAUUUUUAAAGGUCCUUUUUUACUGUACCGGGUAAAAAUAGUCAGCAUUACGAGGAUAUGGAGCUUGGAGGUAGAGGUUGCUGCACAAAACACUAACAAGACGUUCUUUUUUUUCUUCUUCUUCUUCUUCUUCUUCUUCUUCUUCUUCUUCUUUUUUUGCAAUGUAUUUAUAAAUCAGAAUGAUGCAAAGUUUGAUAUUUCAUUGACAUUUAAUGCAUCGGUUCAGAUCUGGGAUCCAAUCACGUCAAGAGAUGAAGCUCGUCUUCAGGAACUUUCUGAUCAUUUAGAGGAAUCUGCAUAAGAAGCAUUUGCUUUCAAACAUUUUAUCACUGAUCACCUCCACAGUACAAAAAGUUGGUGCAUUAACGGAUUCCUUAAGACCAUGUAGCUGUGGGCAUAAACUGUAAGCCAUUUGUUGUUGCAAAGAACUGUUUGCUUUUCUUUCUACAUGAAGAUCCGGUGCACCUGAACGCCACACGGCUUUUAUUCCCCUGCUUCUCUCUGCUCAGACUAAUGAAGCGACUCUUUAAGUUGGACUCUCCGAGAAGAGCAGGCGCUUUUAUUUUUUGUUUGUUUGAUUCUCUUUCUCGAUUCUAGCCAACACCUUUUUACCUUCCUCCUGUGUGUUCACGCCGAUGACGAUUCUGUGUCUUAACGCUCAGCCUCACUUGAUGCUGUUGUUUCUUUUUUGUUUUCUUUUUAACAGGCGCUGCUCGGUUUGAAUUGGAUCAUUUUUCUUCCACGUAAAAGAGAAAACAGGGAGGUAGUCGGAAGAAAAAUAGAUAUUGCCAUCUGCUGCUCCAACCAGGUUAAAGCAAGCAUCAUUUUCUGUACUGUUACUUCCAGGUUGUUGUAUUUAAUCUCAGUUUUCACCUGGAGAAUAAUAUAUAGUCCAAAAAAAAUGGGCAGAAAUCUCCUUACAGUGGUAUCUCAAGUGUCUUGAAAGGUAAAAGUGCACACAACUUAAGUGAUGUUUGGUUUUCUUUAUUGAAAACCAAUAAAGGUUUUAUUGGUUUUCAAAACCCUUUAUUGAAAACCAAUAAAGGUUUUCAAUAAAGGGUUAAACCAAUAAAGGUUUUCAAUCUUUAUUCUUUGCUCAGAUGCUUUUUAUAGACUAACCUUUUUUUUUUAAUUUUAUUCCUUUGGUCCCUUUAUUGUUUUGGGGUUUGUGUCUAUAGAUCCACCAGCUCAGCCAGCCUUUUUCAAACUGCCUCAUACUGUAGUCAGAGACAGAUACUCACAUAGCAACAUUGAAAUAUGUCUUUGUAUAUUAUACUAAACCAAUGUUGGUGGGUGUGUUUUUAUUUUUCCAGUUUUUGAAAUAAAUACUUUGAUUCAUUAAUACAGACUGAC